UUGCCACAGAAAGCGUGGAAAACGUGUUUACUGAUUGCGGUGUAGAAUUUAACAGUAGAAAGCCUCGUUUCCACGCUCUGUGCCAAUGGAUAUCGUCAAAGAAGUGCUGGAAAAGCAGCAGCAAGAGCAGCAAAAAUACAAACCAAUCACAGUAGUGAAACCAUUGGAUGCAACAGUUGAUAUCGGCCAUUUGUUGGUGACCGAUCCGAACUACUUCGACGAUGAACAACUGAGAGCUGAUCGGGAAAAGUAUGUGCUUGAUUUAACCCGUGACAAUGUGCAGCUGCUCAUCAACAGUGUCUGGGAACUGCCGACCGAGCGCGUGCAAGAAUCGAUAGUAGCGAAACUGCCUGCACCUAAAGCAGUGCUACCACGCGCCAGAAAACUACCUGUACCGAAACCACUGACCAAAUGGGAGGAAUUCGCCAAACUGAAAGGCAUCAAGAAACGGGUGCGCGACAAGAAGGUGUACGAUGAAGUGCUGGACAAAUGGGUGCCCACGUACGGCUACCAGCGGUACAAGGCCGAAAAGGAAAAGGACUGGGUGUUGGAGGUACCACACAACGAUCCCAACCGGGACAUGUUCAAAGAGAAGCGCGAUCUGCGCAUCGAACGUGUGGCAAAGAACGAGGUGGCGCGUAUGCGAAACAUUGCCCGUGCAAAGAAGAUCGCCAUCCCGCGCACCGGUUUCGUUGGACCGGAAUCUGCAUCCUCGAAACAGCUUAUCACUGCUUCCAACAUUACGAAAGCAUCGACGGCCUCCGUGGGGGUGUUCCAAGAUUCUCUACCGAAGGAAAAGAAGGCUCGUGGCAUUGGCGUGAAGGAACUGAUGCCUGGUGAGAAGCGCAAGAAAAAACCAGUCUCACUGGCCGGCGAGAAGCGACGUAACCUGGAGAUCGUAUCGAAGGUUCUAAACAAAAAGCCCAAGAUCGACAUUGAUCGCGCUAUUUCGAUACAAAAGGCAGAGGCUCGGGCCGAACGCGAAGCUGCUAUGGACGAAAAUGGAAACGAUGGUAAAAAGAAGAAAAAGCAAGGCAAAAAGGCGAAAGGAUUCGGCAGAAAGAAGCCGAAGGGUGGCCAAGGAAAACGCAAUCCCAGUAAGCGCGCAGUUGGCCGUAAACGCCGUUAGGGUUAGUGAUAGGUUUUGUCAUACCAUAAUCCAACAUGAAAAAAAUUAUACGUUUAUAUUUACGCCUAACAAAGAAGCGCAUAGUGGGUAUUU